UAGAGAUCCCGUGGCUUUUAAUUCCCUCACUACUUUUUUUUAACCCUCCUUCGAUGUGCCCCGUUAUUACCAUUUGUCUGACGCGUUCAUUUCCGCACCUGCCACAGUAGAGACCAGGCGAAGGCGAAGUAGAGGAGGAGACAAGGACAUUGCGAGAGCCGGGAGAGGCAGACGGUAGAGAUAGCAGCGGCGACUCGUUUGAGAUCUUAAAGGACAAAAAAAAUGCUGCUCUGGACCAGAAUCGUAUUGGUCGGUCUCAUCUGCUUGUCCUUGGUGUCCUCUGGGAUGGGAUGCGGACCGGGCAGGGGCUACGGCAGGAGAAAACACCCGAAGAAGCUGACACCUCUUGCGUACAAGCAGUUCAUCCCCAACGUGGCGGAGAAGACCCUCGGGGCAAGCGGCAGAUACGAAGGCAAGAUCACGAGAAACUCCGAGCGAUUUAAAGAACUGACUCCCAAUUAUAACACAGACAUCAUAUUCAAGGAUGAGGAGAACACCGGUGCCGACCGGCUAAUGACUCAGAGAUGUAAAGACAAGCUGAACUCUCUGGCCAUCUCGGUGAUGAAUCAGUGGCCCGGGGUGAAGCUCCGGGUCACCGAGGGCUGGGACGAAGACGGACACCACUUCGAGGAGUCGCUCCACUACGAGGGCAGAGCCGUGGACAUCACCACCUCGGACAGAGACAAGAGCAAAUACGGCACUCUGUCCAGGCUGGCGGUGGAAGCCGGAUUCGACUGGGUCUACUAUGAAUCCAAAGCUCACAUCCACUGCUCCGUUAAAGCAGAAAACUCAGUGGCAGCAAAGUCAGGCGGCUGUUUCCCAGGCUCCUCCACUGUCAUCCUCCAGGAUGGUACCAAGAAGGCGGUCAAAGACCUCCAAACUGGCGACAGGGUCCUGGCAGCUGAUGACGAUGGGAACCCGAUUUACACCGACUUCAUCAUGUUUAUAGACCAAGACCGGACGACCAGGAGGCUCUUCUACGUGAUCGAAACCGACUCGGGCCAGAAAAUCACCCUCACAGCCGCGCACCUCCUCUUCGUCGGCCACAACACCACAGAAGAGGAGGAGCUAAUGUCGGCGAUCUUCGCCAGCCAGGUCCAAACCGGACAGACGGUGUUCGUGUAUGACGCCGAGCGAAGUCGACUCGAGCCUGUGACCGUAAAACGGAUUUACACGCAAGAGCACGAGGGCUCCUUUGCGCCGAUAACCGUGCAGGGAACCGUCGUGGUGGACCAGGUCCUUGCGUCCUGUUACGCAGUGAUUGAAGACCACGAGCUGGCGCACUGGGCCCUGGCACCCGUCAGGCUCGCCCACUGGGUGUCCUCGUUGCUUUUCAGUUCUCAGCCUCGAGUCAGUGCACAAAACGACGGAGUGCACUGGUACUCCAAGAUCCUUUAUCAAUUAGGAACAUGGCUCUUGGACAGCCACUCGAUCCAUCCACUUGGGAUGUCAGUAUACCCAAGUUGAAACCUCAACUCCAGGAGCAGAAUGAGACUUUUAAAUGUAGGACACACGAACUAUUCAAUAGAUUAAAAAAAAUAAAAUAAUAAUAAUAAUUAAAAAAAAACGAACGAACAAACAGACAAGACAAAGGCCCCAGCGGAGUUGGGAUAUUUAUUUCAGUGACUUUUCCAUGUGUCCCCUUUCAAAGAAUGAAUGGAGCCUUAAAAAGUUUCUCUUUGAAUAAUUUAUUCUCAUGUGAACUCGCUGCUGUCACACAAAUGGAUUCUGAAACGGUGUGAGCAGCAAAUUGUGCAUAAUCUAUUUUUGUAUAUCUCAAAUGCAAAAAAGAAAAAGAAAGAAAAAAUGAAGAAAAAAAUGAAAAAGAAAAAAUAUCGCAAAGAGAAAGAAGACCACGUAGAAAGGAGCUAACUUUGACAGGUUGUAAUGUUCAUAUGUGCAUAUAUGUGCAACUGACUGUUAUAUUUUGGGAAGAACAAACUUCGCGGGGUUCCAUAAAUUAUAUUUUUAUACACAGAAUUGUAAAUUAGAUUUUGA